AUGCGCGCGGUGAUAAGACCGCAGCGACAUGCUCAAUUUGCGUAUCGACAACUUUCUAUACCGCCAUCACUUGACGACCCAGCCCUUCGAUCCAGAUAUCGACCGUUCCUUCUUCCCAACAACAUCACCAAGCACGACUGGAUUAGCAGAUUGGAACUUGCAACUGUGACUGAAAUGGCAUACAAUGAUCUGAAGCUGACGGGCGAGAGGAUUAAAGUCCUGGUGCUGUAUGGCAGUCUUCGGUCGAGGAACGGCAAGCUAACUCUCCUGAGGUCUUACUCCAGACUUCUGGCGUUUGAAAUAUCCCUCAUCCUUUGGCGACUCGGCUGUGAUGUGCGAAUUUACGACCCAAAAGAUCUGCCCAUGAAGGAUGAUGAGCAGCAUAGUCAUCCAAAGGUGCAGGAACUCCGGGAACUCAGCCGAUGGAGUGAUGGGCACUUUUGGGUGUCACCUGAACAACACGGUAACAUGACCGCUGUCUUCAAGAAUCAAAUCGACUGGAUCCCUCUGAGUACGGGUUCGGUGCGGCCAACCCAGGGACGUACUUUGGGAUUGGCAAUGGUCUCUGGCGGUUCACAGUCGUUCAAUACGGUCAAUAACCUUCGCGUUCUCGGGCGAUGGAUGCGAAUGUUCACGAUCCCUAACCAGUCGUCGGUUCCCAAGGCCUACUCCUUAUUUACUGACCAGGACGCGGAUGAAGACAGUUCAAGGCUGAUGCCAGGCGGCAACUGGGACAGGUUAGUGGACUGCGCUGAGGAGUUCGUCAAAUAUACGAUGAUCAUGCGACCCCACUUCGCCUUCUUCAACGACCGCUUCAGUGAACGGGAAGCGCUCCCCAAAGUUUAA